AUGUCCAAACUCGACAGUUACCACAUCAUGAUAGUCACAAAGUAUUUCACAACAAUAGAGGACUUUGUCAACCUUGAAUUUGUAUGCAAGAAAUACAAAGGCAAUAUGGAGAAGUUUCAUUUCAACCCAAUUCCGUUGAAUUACAAAACAAUCAAAUACUUUACAAAUAUUGAAACACUCCACUUGUGGAAUUUGGAAGAUAAAAACUUUGGUAAUGAUUUUUUUGUUAAUAUAAAACACCCUGAAACUCAUAAAGAUAUCAACACUAACAAAAAUAUCGAAAUAAAAAUUGAUUUUUAUAGAAUUGUUGUGUGGUUCAAUGUUGAUUAUACAACAGUUGACAUGAACAGAAAUAAAAACAUCAAUUUUAAGAGUGUUACUUACACCAAUCAAGAUAGAAAGAGAUAUAGUGAUACUUUACCGCCAAUUGUGACAUCACUUGGUGAAUGGUGUCUUUAUGGAUGUUCAAAUUUAAGUGGUGUUACUAUACCAACAAGUGUCACAUCACUUGGAAAAGAGUGUUUCAAUGGAUGUUGUAGUUUAAGCAGUAUUACAAUACCAUCAAAUGUUGUAUCACUUGGUAAAUUGUGUUUUUUUUCCUGUCGUAAGUUGAGCAGUGUUAUAAUACCAUCAAGUGUGACAUCAAUCGGUGAUCAGUGUUUUUGUAAUUGUAGUGGUCUGAGCAGUCUUAUAAUACCAUCAAGUGUGGAAUCGAUUGGUGAAAGUUGUUUUAGUGGAUGUGAUCAUCUUACCAAUGUUGUAAUACCACAUUUUAUAAACGUUGUUAUUGGAAAUAGAUGCAUGUUUGGGUAUGAAACAUUGAGCAGCGUGGAAAUACCAACAAGUGUAAUUGUGAUCAACAAUAAAAAGUUAAACAACGAAUAUAUUUAUACUGAAUUUGAUAUACCACCCGGUUUCACAUCAAUAAAUGGUCACUGUUUUUAUGGAUGUAAUACUCUGAACAAAGGGACCAUACCAUCAGGUGUUAAAUCACUUGGUGAAAGAUGUUUUUGGGAAUGUAAAAAUCUAAGCAGUGUAAUAAUACCACCAAGUGUGACAUCGAUUGGUAUAGCCUGUUUUUUGUGGAUGCUGUAA